CCGCGCCUGUCCGAAGUAGCCGCACCCCGGGCGCCCACGCCUGGCGCAGAGCGCGCACAUGGCGACUCAGGCGCACUCCCUCAGCUACGCGGGCUGCAACUUCUUGCGCCAGCGUCUGGUUCUGUCGACUCUGAGCGGGCGCCCGGUCAAAAUCCGAAAGAUCCGGGCCAGAGACGACAACCCGGGCCUCCGAGAUUUUGAAGCCAGCUUCAUAAGGCUUUUGGACAAAAUAACAAAUGGUUCUCGAAUUGAAAUAAACCAAACAGGGACGACCUUGUAUUACCAGCCUGGCCUCCUGUAUGGUGGAUCCGUGGAGCAUGACUGCAGUGUCCUUCGUGGCAUUGGCUAUUACCUGGAGAGUCUUCUUUGCCUGGCUCCAUUUAUGAAGCACCCAUUAAGGAUAGUUCUUCGAGGAGUGACCAAUGACCAGGUUGACCCCUCGGUUGAUGUUCUUAAGGCAACGGCCCUCCCUAUUUUGAAACAGUUUGGAAUUGAUGGUGAAUCACUUGAGCUAAAGAUUGUGCGACGGGGAAUGCCUCCUGGAGGAGGGGGUGAAGUGAUCUUCUCCUGUCCCAUAAGGAAGGUCCUGAAGCCCAUUCAGCUCACAGAUCCAGGAAAAAUCAAACGUAUCAGAGGAAUGGCGUACUCCGUCCGUGUUUCACCUCAGAUGGCGAACCGGAUUGUGGAUUCUGCAAGGAGCAUCCUCAAUAAGUUUAUACCCGACAUCUACAUUUACACAGACCACAUGAAAGGAAUCAACUCUGGGAAGUCUCCAGGCUUUGGGUUGUCACUGGUUGCCGAGACCACCAACGGCACCUUCCUCAGUGCUGAGCUGACCUCCAACCCCCAGGGCCAGGGGGCGGCGGUGCUUCCAGAGGACCUGGGCAGGAACUGUGCCAAGCUGCUGCUUGAAGAAAUCUACAGGGGUGGAUGUGUGGACUCGACCAACCAAAGCCUGGCUCUGUUGUUCAUGACCCUUGGGCAGCAGGACGUUUCCAAAGUCCUGCUAGGACCACUCUCUCCGUACACGAUAGAGUUUUUGCGGCAUUUGAAGAGCUUUUUCCAGAUUAUGUUUAAAAUUGAGACCAAGCCGUGUGGCGAAGAAUGCAAGGGCGGGGAUAAAGUGCUCAUGACCUGUGUUGGCGUUGGCUUCUCCAACCUUAGCAAGACCCUCAAGUGAUGCUGUCACAGGAUUAAAGGCCCCAGCGCCUACAGACAAAGCAGAAGCUGCCAAGGACCCAGAAGACUAAGUCCAAACAGGGCAGCAGAGCCUCGGGUAUUGAGGCCUUCCUUCACUUUCCAUUUAAAAACAAUCAAACUAUGCAAAUAAAAGACAUAUUUAUAUCAUGUGGUUUCCAGCCAUUUCUCCAGUGGUAUUGCCAUUCCUCAGGAGGCCUGUCACGAUGUGCUCCCUCUGCUUACCUGGACAAAGAACAGGCCUGCAGGACACAGUCACGCUGCUAGACCAUCGGCACAGCUCCACGUCAGCCGUGCUUCCUCGGCCCACAUCCCUGGGCUCCUGUCGUGUGGCCGUUUUCCAGACCUGUGGCAUCUGUUACUGUUCUUUCUGCAAGGACGGACCUCUUUGAACCUUGGUUCCUGUGUAGGGAUUAAAUGAUACAACCACAGUGGAAACUCUUUAUGAGUAACGCAGUGUUAUGCAAAUUUCAGAAAAAAAAAACACAAUGGUAUAUGAGACCAUUUCAUCCCUCAUCAUUGGAUUGGACUCCGCUGUCUUGGAGACAGAGUCUGCUCCCUGUCUGGUUCAUUGUGUGUGUGGGGAUGAGUGCCUGGGGGUUGGGGGGUUGGGGAGGAAGGGGUCCAAUUAAAGUUACUGGAUAUUUUCUCUA